AAGUCUGCUCCAGUCAUUCCAGGCUACAGACGAGAAGACACCAGGGCACCAGGAGCUCCCUGCUGAAGACGGCUGGACUUUGAAUUAACUUUACCAUUAGCUAGCCUUCAGCUGCAGCCUCAACUUGUUUCUCACUCUGCAGCAUAAGUGGAUUGCAGUAAGGUCCAGCUUUUAACCAUGACUGAGGCAGACUUAUACAUACAGUACAAGGGCAUCUAUUUGCCGUCCCUUGUGCACACUGCAUACAGCCUGAAGCAGUACGAGGAGUUUAUUUUCCGCCCAGAUGAUAUCAUCAUCGCUACAUAUCCCAAGUCAGGUACGACCUGGAUGCAGGAGAUCGUCCCUCUGGUCGUCAGCGGAGGAGACCCAGAAUCUGUUGAGAGUCUUCCAAACUGGGAUCGUGUUCCCUGGCUGGAAAUUCAUCAGACCAGUGACCUUGCCCUUUCAAAACGGCCACCCCCACGGAUGUUUGCAACACACUUUCACCACAACAUGAUGCCACCAUCCUUCUUUGAAGUAAAGCCAAAGGUGAUCUACGUCAUGAGGAACCCCAAAGAUGUGUUUACGUCCUCCUUCCACUUUAAUGGGAUGACCACCUUCCUGGUGAAUGAAAUGUCACAGAGCGAGUACCUUAAAAAGUUCCUUGAGGGAAAAGCUGCGUAUGGCUCCUGGUUCGAUCAUGUGAAGGGCUGGCUGAAUGCCGAGGAUAAGGAGAACGUAAUGUACAUCGCAUAUGAAGAGAUGAUAACGGACCUGAAGGACUCCGUGUCCAGAAUCUCUCGGUUCUUGGAGAAGCCUCUGGACGCCGACAUUGUGGAGAAGAUAGCCGACCGGUGUCUGUUCAAGAACAUGAAGCAGAACAACAUGUCCAACUACUCCGCGGUCCCCGAGGAAUUCAUGGGCCAGGCAAAGCUCGACUUCCUCAGAAAAGGAAUCGUUGGAGACUGGAAGAACCUUCUAACAGACGCAGAAGUGGAGCUCUUUGAUGCCAUUUACCAAAACAAAAUGAAAGAUGUGAAAUAUGAAUUUGCAUGGGAUUAAAAAAAAAAGAUAAAAUUUACUGGAUCAAAGUCACUCGGUCCUACCACAAGGAACAGAAAUAAGUGAAGGAGAUACAGUCCCUUAAUCAUCCCUUAAUCUGCAUUCACAUUCUGUAAAUAUUCUCCUGUGGUCAGUAGAUGUUCGUGUGGCAUUUAUGUAAAUUUAAUUUAUAGUCAAGAGAACGAACCUAAUUCUUUCAGUUGCCAUGGUAAUUUUGACAAAGUUAUGGUGGCGCACGUGGUGAUUUCACCCAAAUCAUGUCCGUUGUUUAGUUUUUUUUUUUUUUCUAUAUUGGUGUAGAUCUAUUUAAAUCAAAGCUAAGACGUGAGACAUUAAAGCAGUUGCCGUUG